CUUUUGGUUGAAGGAAGCUGAUUUAAAUACAUUUCCUGUGUGAACAUUGUGCAGGUCACAGCUGGUCAAAAGGGAUUAAAUAAGGAUUGGCGAGUCCCUUCCUGCUUCCGGAUUAGUCGGUUGAGGUGCUCAUUGAUUGUCCUAUCAUUGGGCAAGGGGGAUGUAUAAAUUUGGCUGGGGAGAAUUUUGUUGUCACGGGUGCUACGCCUCUGUCUGCGUCAUCACGAGUCGCCAGUCAGAGCUGUCUGUUUGGGUAAACCUUGCGGCUGGUGUUGGGUUGACGUGUUUCCUCGCGGCAGGAGCUGAGUGCCGAAGGCGGGGUGGAUUGUGGUGGUGGUUUUGCUUCACGAGUGCUGUGCUGUGUGCAGUGGUGGGUGUGAGUGUCUACACAGGUGCAACCAAAAGUUGUGUGGUGCUGUGGAGGCCGAUUAGUGCCCUUGAUCCCCGUUGUUACGCCUUGGCUCCUGCAUCCACAUCUAUAAAGUUGCAGGUGAAUCCAGCAGCUUCAUUACUGAAGAGCAGCUACAGUGUUCGGUGUGUGAUGAAGUGUUCACUGAUCCUGUCACCACUCCAUGUGGACACAACUUCUGCACAAACUGCAUUACACAAAGCUGGAAGAAGAAACACUGUCAUUAUUGUCCGUUGUGUAAUGAAAAAUUCACGGAAAGACCUGAACUCAGUUGAAUACAACACUGAGAGAAGCUGCAUGUACCUUUAUGAAGAAAAAUGCUACUGAACAAAAGAAGAUUCUUUGCCACGACUGCUCCGGUGUAAAGCAGAAGGCCUCGUUUUCUUGUGUGGAUUGUGGUGUCUCUCUCUGUACAUCUCAUUUAGCGCUCCAUAAUCGUAUUCUAAGAGAUAAGAAACACAGUCUUAUAAAUCCAGUGGAAAACGUGGAGGACUACAGAUGCAAGACGCAUGGGAAACCUCUGAGUCUGUUUUGUAAAGAUGAUCAGGUGUGUGUGUGUCAGUUCUGUACUGAGAUACAUCACAGGAAUCACGUUAUAAUUUCAUUAGAAGAUGAAAGCAGAGGGAGGAAGAAUCGACUGGGGAUAAAACAGAUGGAUCUGCAAAAGAUGAUCCAAAAGCGACUAAAGAUGAUCCAGAUGAUUAAUCGCUCAGUAAAGCGCAGUAAAAGGGAAAAAAAGAAAGAAACAUCAGAAAGUGUUGAAGUCUUCACCGCUUUGAUUCACUCCAUUAAGAAGAGCCAGGCUGAGCUUCUGGAGGUGAUGGAGGAGAAACAGAAAGCAGUGAAAAAGCAGGCCGAAGGACAUGUUAAAGAGCUGGAGGAGGAAAUUGAUAAGCUAAAGAGGAGAGACGCUAAGAUUGAGCAGCUUUCACACUCUGAUGAUCAUCUCCAUCUGAUACAGAUUUACCCGACAGUGUGCAGAUUUCCAAGCACCAAGAACUGGACCAACAUCAGGAUUGACUCUGGUCUGAGUGUGAAGGCCCUGAUGACCAAUCUGUCUGAGCUUCAGGAGACUUUGAAUAAGAAACUCAGUGAGAAACAGAAGAAUAUUGUUUCCACAGAGCUGAAGAGGAUUCAGAAAUACGCAGUGGAUGUGACUCUGGAUCCUGAGACUGCUAAUCCUCACCUCAUCCUAGUUACAAGAAAACAAGUAACACACGGAGAUAAAAAGCAAGAUGUUCCAGACACCCCGAAAAGAUUUACUCAUUAUCCAGCAGUACUGGGAACUCAGGGUUUCUCCUCAGGGAGAUUUUACUAUGAGGUGCAGGUCAGUGGGAAGACUGAGUGGCGUUUAGGAGUGGCCAGAGAGUCUGUUAACAGGAAGGAGAAGUUGGAGAAAUUUUGCCCUCAGAAUGGAUUCUGGACGGUGAUUCUGAGGAACGAGGACGAAUACACGGCUCGUGAUAAUACAUAUAUCCCCCUCUCCCUGAGAGAAAAACCCCAGAAGGUGGGAGUGUUUGUGGAUUAUGAGGAGGGCCUGGUCUCCUUUUAUGAUGUUGAGUCUACGUCUUAUAUCUACUCUUUUACUGGUCAGUCUUUCACUGAGAAAAUCUAUCCGUACCUCAGUCCUUGUCCGAACGACGGAGGUAAAAACUCAGCACCGCUCAUCAUCACUUGUGCAUCAAAGUUCAUACCACUUUCUCUUUUUAGAUGGAAAUGAGCAGAAUGCAUGAUAAUGAGCCUUUGAUGUCAAGUUGGGAGAGUGGAGCCCUCAGGUAUUCAGUCUGAGAGAAGUUUGGAAGUAGAAGACAUACAAGAUCAGACACGUAUCAUUCAUUAGCUGGACCAGUUGAGUUCAUUAAAUCGGUGUGUGUGUAAUUGUCAACAUAAUCUGUGGUAAAAAAAUAUUUUUUGGAUACUUUUUGAAUAAAAUCUAGUAGAUAUCAUUUACUUAGUCAUUAUAUUAGCCAGCUAAUUCUUGUCUUUCUGUUCACACCUUACAAAAAAACAAAUAUAGUCUAGUCAGGUAUUAGCAAGCUAAUUUAGUUAACAGGAUCAUUAUAAUAGACUCGGAUAAUAAAUCAUUAUAUUUUCUCUUAUAUUUUAUAGAAAUACCUUGUAUUUGACCUGUAUUUUUUUCUGCCAGUGGCUUAAUGAGUUAAAGUUUUGUCAGCUUUGCCUUCUAAUUUUAAUUUUUUCAAUAUAAUGCAGCAUUUGUCCUGGUUAAUUGUAUAACUGAGGUGUGGGCAGUUUGUAAAACUUUACAUUGUUGCUUUAUAAUGUAUAAAUUCAAGUUUUUCUUCUAAAAUCCUCUUCUUUUAAUUGAGAAUAAAAAUCUUUUAAACUGUU